AUGUCGGACCAGUACAACCAGGACAAAUUGAAUCAAGAUCUCCAAAACGCAUCGCUUGGGGGAAAUCAGCAGCAGUCGCAACAGCAGCCGCAACAGCAGUCGCAAAACUAUUAUAAUCCAAACCAGGCUCAGGCUUUUGUUCCCUCUGGUGGGUACCAACAAUACCAAGGGUACGCCGGUCAGCAGCAGUACCAACAGUACGGAGGUUACAACCCAGGCUAUCAACAGAGCCAGAAUGGCAGAGGCGGAUAUCAGCAGUACAACAGCAGAGGAGGAGGUUACCAGCAGUACAACAGCAGGGGUGGAUACCAGGGACAGCAGCAGUACAACUCAUACUCUCCUCAACAGUAUGGAGGAUACCAGCAAUACAACUCACAAGCCGCUCAGUCUCAGCAACAGCAGCAACAACAACCUGCUGCUGCUGCUGGUAUGUCAUUGGCUGAUUUUGAAAAGCAAAAGCAGGACAAGCAGGCAUCUUUGAAUAAACCAGUCAAGAAGACUUUGAAAUUGGCUCCUAGCUCCGGUAUCAAAUUGGCAAAUGCUACAAAGAAGGCCGACGCGCCAGCUCCGGCCACAAAGGAAGCCUCACCAGCUCCUUCUGUAGAAAAGAAGGAAGAGAAGAAGGAACAAAAAGCUUCCGAGGUAGCACCAGCAGAAGCAGAAGAAGUCAAGAAAGCCCCUGAGCCGGUUGGCAAAGAAAAUUCGGUAUCCACGCCAGUCUCGACAAAAGAGAGCACCCCAACUCCAACUCCAAGAUCAACCACUCCUGCGCCUAAAUCUUCAGCUGCAACUGCUACUGCUGACACUGUUGCCAAGGAACAGGAAGACGAAGUUGAUGAAGAAGUGGUCAAGGAUAUGUUUGGAGGCAAGGACCACGUGUCGAUCAUUUUUAUGGGCCACGUUGAUGCCGGUAAGUCAACCAUGGGUGGUAACAUUUUAUACUUGACUGGGUCAGUCGAUAAACGUACCGUGGAAAAAUACGAAAGAGAAGCCAAGGACGCGGGAAGACAAGGUUGGUAUUUGUCGUGGGUCAUGGACACCAACAAGGAAGAGAGAAACGACGGUAAGACUAUUGAAGUGGGCAAGGCCUAUUUCGAAACCGACAAGAGAAGAUACACAAUAUUGGAUGCACCGGGCCACAAGAUGUACGUUUCCGAGAUGAUUGGAGGCGCCUCGCAGGCAGAUGUGGGUAUCUUGGUCAUUAGUGCUAGAAAAGGUGAAUAUGAAACUGGAUUUGAAAAAGGUGGGCAAACUAGAGAACACGCGCUUUUGGCCAAGACUCAAGGUGUCAACAAGAUCAUUGUUGUUGUCAACAAGAUGGACGACCCUACUGUCAACUGGUCCAAGGAAAGGUACAACGAGUGUACCUCGAAAUUGGGGAUGUUUUUGAAAGGUAUCGGGUACAGUAAAGAAGAUAUUGUGUUUAUGCCUGUUUCUGGAUACACCGGUGCCGGGUUGAAAGAACGUGUAUCUAGCAAGGACUGUCCUUGGUACGAUGGUCCUUCAUUAUUGGAGUUUUUGGACAACAUGGACACAUUAAACAGAAAGAUCAAUGGACCUUUUAUGUUGCCAAUCUCGGGCAAGAUGAAAGAUAUGGGUACGGUAGUUGAAGGUAAGAUUGAGUCGGGACACAUUAGAAAGGGGGGCAAUUUAUUGUUGAUGCCUAACAAGGCCCCCAUUGAAGUGCUCACCAUUUACAAUGAGACUGAACAAGAAUGCGACUCGGCAUUCAGUGGAGAGCAAGUUCGGUUAAAGAUUAAAGGUGUGGAAGAAGAAGAUUUGCAAGCUGGGUACGUGUUGACGUCGCCAAAGAACCCCGUGAAGACGGUGACCAAGUUUGAAGCGCAGAUUGCGAUUGUUGAAUUGAAAUCGAUUUUGUCGAAUGGUUUCACUUGUGUUAUGCAUUUGCACACGGCGAUUGAAGAGGUCAAGUUUGUGGAGUUGAAACACAAGUUGGAGAAGGGCACCAAUAGGAAAUCCAAAAAGCCACCGGCAUUUGCCAAGAAGGGAAUGAAGAUCAUUGCCGUGUUGGAGACGAACGAAUCUGUGUGUGCUGAAACUUAUAAUGAUUACCAGCAAUUGGGGAGAUUCACGUUGAGAGAUCAAGGUACAACAAUUGCCAUUGGUAAGAUCACCAAGUUGAUAAAGUAA